CCUUCCCCUGCCUCCUCGGGACCUCAGAGUCAGAGGGCUGUCAUUCCCAUCUCUGGAAAAAGCAGAACAGGAUGGCCUGGGGUUUUUUGUUUUGUUUUGUUUUGUUUUUUGUUUUUGAGGCAGGGUCUCGCUCUGUCACUUAGGCUGGAGUGCAGUGGCGCGAUCAUGGCUCACUGCAGCUCCCAUCUUCUGGGCUCAAGUAAUCCUCCCACCUCAGCCUCCUGACUAGCUGGGACUAGUCAGGGAGCGUGCCACCACACCCGGCUAAUUUUUAAAUUUUUGUAGAGACCGGGUCUUGCAGUGUCGCCCAGAUUGGUCCCCAGCUCCUAGCCUCAAGCGAUCCUCCUGCCUUGCUCCCAAAGUGCCGCGCCCAGCAAGAAUGGACUGAUUUUGUAGCAGAAGGGAUUUAAGCUAGCUCUUGAGAACUCACUGCUUGUGAGAGGUGUGGAUUAGCAAGACAUGACAUGGCCGUGGCGCUGCUGGAGUUCUCUCUGAAUACAAGUCCAUUCAGGCCAGGGGCGGUGGCUCAUGCCUGUAAUCCCAGCACUUUGGGAGGCCGAGGUGGGUGGAUCACGAGGUCAGGAGUUCAAGACCAGCCUGGCCAACAUGGUGAAACCCUGUCUCUACUAAAAAUACAAAAAUUAGCGGGCUUGGUGACGCGUGCCUAUAAUCCCAGCUACUCGGGAGGCUAAGGCAGGAGAAUUGCUUGAACCCAGGAGGCGGAGGUUGCAGUGAGCCGAGAUUGCGCCAUUGCACUCCAGCCUGGGCGACAGAGCAAGACUCUGUCUCGGGAAAAAAAAAAAAAAGUGUAUUCAACAGGUGUUUACUGGAGGCCUACUGUGUGCCCUGCAUAAGCAGUUGGGGUUCCAGAAGGCAUGCUUAGAGGGAGGAUGGAGAGAGAAGGGUGAUGGCUUCUGGAGGGUUGACUGAUUUUUUAAUCUGUUCUCCAGACCCAACUGUAAGGCUUCCCCUGAGGCAUCAAGUCUCUUUAUCUAGCCCUGGAGUCUUGGUUCUGGGGUUGAUGAGUUGCAGACAUAGCUUUCCUCUCCUCCUACCCUGUUCCCUCCACUCUCAUGCCUUUCUCAGUUCAUGCCAUGGUGACCUUUGCCCACUGACCUCACACACAGCCUGUUUUCCAGCCUGCGUUCCUGCCCAGGCAGGUGGACACUUCCAGUCUUCGUUUACACCCUGCAGCAGAGUGAUAAACCAAAUAUGGGCACCUGUCCUGCAUCCACUGCGCCAUAACAGCCCUUGCCCACCUAAUCUUCCAGGAACCCGGUUUGGGGCCAUGCUGGACAUGCUGACGGACCGCUGCUCCACCAUGUGCCUGUUGGUCAACCUGGCCCUGCUGUACCCUCGAGCCACACUGUUCUUCCAACUCAGCAUGAGUUUGGAUGUGGCCAGUCACUGGCUGCACCUCCACAGUUCUGUGGUCCGAGGCAGUGAGAGUCACAAGAUGAUCGACUUGUCCGGGAAUCCGGUGCUUCGGAUCUACUACACCUCGAGGCCUGCUCUGUUCACCUUGUGUGCUGGGAAUGAGCUCUUCUACUGCCUCCUCUACCUGUUCCAUUUCUCUGAGGGACCUUUAGUUGGCUCCGUGGGACUGUUCCGGAUGGGCCUCUGGGUCACUGCCCCCAUCGCCUUGCUGAAGUCGCUCAUCAGCGUCAUCCACCUGAUCACAGCUGCCCGCAACAUGGCUGCCCUGGAUGCAGCAGACCGCGCCAAGAAGAAGUGACGCUGGAGACCCGGGUCCUGGCUGCCCACCUGCCCUGGGAGUCUUGCUGUGCCACACAGCUCCCUGCCCCCUGCUAGGAGGUCCCAGUCUCACGCCUUCCUCAUGUGUUGUUCUACCUGCUGGGAUGGGGGUCAGCCUCUCUUUGGUGACGUCACGUUCUCUGGGAUCCCGAGGACCCGGGCCUCAAAUCGGAGGAUAUGCGGGAGGCCCCAUCCAUACAGGCAGUGCUCCUGCGGUGCCAGGACGGGGCAGUGUCACACCCUGCUGGCUCAGCCCUGGGGUCCGAGAUGCUAGGGACGCUUGAGUGAGGGAGGUGGUGUGAGGACCAGAUUUCCUGAAAGGCAGGGGAGUCAGACCUCCGCCCCCAGCCAGAGCAAGCCUGGGGCACCAUGCCCAGGAAGGAAGAAGCCAUCCACAGCCUUCCCUGUCACCGGCUCCUCUGUCCUGCCUACCCUGGUCCUGGUGGGACUUCACUAUUUGACUUGCUUUCCUUUCAGAUAUUCUUGGCUCAGGGCCUGGGUUGAGGGAGCUUAGGGAAGGACGUCCGUCUGGGUGCUUUUCCUCCAGUUUGCUGGCUGGCUUCUGCGUCUACCCACAGUGACCUCACAGAGAGGCCCUCCUGCCACCCAUGCUCAUGCGGUGUCCCCGCCGCCCACUUGUUUGAUGUCACUGACUGUCUACAUGUAUUUAUAUUCUUGAUAUUUUCUACCCUCACUAGAAUAUAAACUCCAUGAAGGCACAGACUUUUCUUGUUCCCUUCUCUAUCCCUAGAAUAAGACCAGCGUGAACCUGGUAUAUAGUAGCUGCUUAAUAAAUACUCGUCUGUCAAUGA